GGUUUUGGUUUUAACUCCGAGCAGAGAGACCCGGAAAAGCGCUGCAUGUCGGAGGAGCUCUCGCGCGCUGAAGCUGCAGCUCCUCUCCGCCAUGCUGAGCGCUUUCUGCAGGACCUGAGGAGCAGCAGGAGGACCCGAGACCCCCGGUGCGCGCGGACCCCCAGUUGUAGGACAUGCCUUAUCAGGACAGACUGAACCGUACCUGUGGAUUCUUGGACAUCGAGGAAAAUGAGAACAGUGGGAAGUUCUACCGGCGCUACUUCAUUCUGGAUACCUCACGCAACUCUCUGUUCUGGUACAUGGACAAUCCACAGAACCUACCGGAGGGAGCGGGCUUUGUUGGAAGUUUACGGCUGAGUUAUAUUUCAAAGAUCAGCGAAGUGUCAAUCAAGCAGAAACCCAAGACUGAAUUCUGCUUUGUGGUAAAUGCUUUGUCACGACGGUACUUCCUCCAAGCCAAUGAUGCAGCAGACCUGAAGGAGUGGGUCAGCGCACUGAAUAACGCCACCAAAAUUACAGUUCCCAAAGUAUCAGCCGUGACUCCGAGCACCGACGCCGCCACCGUGACCAGCCAGACCCAGGGAACAUCUCGACAGGCCUACAAGACGGAGAUCGUGGGGGGCGUGGUUGUCCACACACCGGUCCAGCAGAAUGAAGCAGACGACGUCUUCACCAGUGAACCCAGCUCACACGUAACGCUGAGGAGGUGCAUGAGCUUACGACCCAACAUUGUGAGAUCGGGAUAUUGCGUCAAACAGGGAAACGUGAGAAAAAGCUGGAAGAGGAGAUUCUUCAUUUUAGAUGACCAGGGUGUGAGCUACUAUAAAAAUGAAACGGAUAAGGAGCCGUUACGCAGUAUUCGCUUGAGGGACAUACAGAAGGUUCAUGAGUGCCUGGUUAAGUCAGGAGAGCUGCUCUCACGUGAUAACCUGUUUGAGAUCAUCACAAGUACGAGAACAUUCUACAUUCAGACAGACACUCCUGAAGAAAUGAACGGCUGGAUAAAAGACAUUGCAUCAAAAAUUCAAGACUUCCGAGGACCAACCAAGAGUUGUCGUUUCAGUGGUCCUGUGUUCUCUGGACACGUGAAACCCAUGCUUGUAAAGUCGAUCUCCACAGCACAGUCGUGGCAGCCUUGGACCCCGGUCCCGAAGCAUGAGCCGCAGUUAAAGGAAGAAGUCCAGCGCGAGAGUGCUUUCUCGUCCCUGCCCUCCCUCUCGCACAUGGGCAAGAGCUCACAAGAGUCACAAGUACGCCAGAGGCACCACUCCCAGCCACAGCCCUCCAAGGACACAGACUUUCCUCUGGACAGACACAUCCGUACCACUGAUGUCUAAAUGUUUCCUUCGCUACUGCUGCUCAACACUUACGUCAUUUUAACCCAUUUCAUUCUGCUUUACUUUCAAAUGAAGGGCUACAGACUGUGUACAGUAUAAGAAUGCUUUUAGAAAAUAAGGAAAAAUAAACAUGUGAAGGAGGGAUGUAAGAAAAGCCGCCUGGCUUUUGGCCAGGGUCCAAUUGUUUUUCAAGCUUGUCAAGGCCGCAGAAGUGAAUUAUUUAGUGAACGGUGCUGGCACUUGUAGGAAAAAGUGCUUAAUAUGGUAGCGAAAAAGAAGCAAAAUUACAGAAGUCCAGUUCCAAAGACUGGAGCAUGCUGCAGGGUGUUUUUUUUUUUUGUUAGUUUUUUUUUUUGUUAGUUUUUUUUUUGUGUGUGUACGACUGACUAUGCAUUUUGUCUUUGCUCCACAUUUUAACCCUUUAAUGGCACAUACUUGAAAAUAUAUGACAUUGAUAGUUCAAACUGUUGAAGUGUGUUUGUGAUCUUACUGUACUUUUUUUAAAUGCAUAAAUGCUGCUGUUGCUAAAUGAUAUGAAUAAAAUAUGAUUGGGUAAAACUCUCAA